UCCCACUUCCAUGCCGGAUUUCUAAAACAAGGCGGACAGGCUGGCAACUGGACAUCAACACCGGAUUGAGGAAAUUGACGAGGGCAAACCAUGUGCACAACAAACUUGUUUAAAACUGAAAACCAUGUAACCUGAUGUACUAAUUCAGACCAUCCAAGUUGACGUCGUCUGCUCCUCCGUGUAACAGCUUCUAGACGAACAAUUAAACUGUACCUGAGAUUAAACAUUCACUUUAUCAUGCAUAUUUUCCUUUUCACCGUAUUUUUUGUGUUGGUGCUGCGAGAGGUAGAAGGCUGGGGGACGAGUGCCAAGUAUGCGGUGAAUUGCCCGGAGCGCUGUAAUGUGGAUUUGUGCGGCGGAACUCAAAGGUGCACACGGACGGUUCUGGAUGACUGCGGUUGCUGUCAGGUCUGUGCUGCGGGCAGAGGAGAGCAUUGUUACCGUACUGUCUCAGGAAUGCACGGCGUGAAGUGUGGACCAGGACUGUUCUGCGAGUUCUACAAAGAUGAGGACGACUACGGGGACGAGUACGGCAUUUGCAAAGAUUGCCUGUUCGGAACCUAUGGGGUUGAAUGCCGCAAAACCUGCAACUGCAAGGCCGGUGGCAUCUGUGACAGGAUAACUGGGGCCUGUCUCUCCUUCAAAUUCCUUGCAAAGAUGGCAUCCAUGCAGGCCAGCAAUCGAAAGACUCAGCCGCUUGCAGGGAAUGAGGGAUCCGGGGACAGCAGCAGUGUGAAUGGAGAUUUGAUCCAGGAAAGAUCCUCCACUCCAAAGUGGCUUAACCCACGCUGACAUGCAUUGCAUAGAUUUAGGUUAUUCAGUGUAAAUGUAGCAAAGAAGUAAAUUAAAUGACUUAAAAGAUAUAUUUUAUUAUGUUAAAACAAUGCAAAUAAUUAUAUUGAGAGUUUUAUACAGUAUUAUAGAAUGUUGAUUUCUGUUGUAUUUGUGUUUUACGCCAAAGUGAAUUGCUCCCCUGCUAUUUUAAGCAUUGUGUAUACUAGCAUAAUUUUAAUCUAUUUACUGAAUAAUGAAUCUUUGAUUCGGUGGUCUGAUUUUGGUUUCAGUAAUGUUUCAAAACCUUUACAAUUCUGUGUAAAAUUGUGCACAACCUGGAACUAUACUUUAACCUAAUAUUAAUGUGGGUUGUUCUUGUCUCUGAAUAACAACAUAAAGAAAAUGCUUUAUUCCUUACUUACACGGUAGGUAGUCUUUUUUACUAAUUAUUGCAGCUAUACUGCACAUAAUAUUGUGAAAUUAACAAAAUUAAGUCCAUUAACCAUAGGACUGAAAUUUGCCUUGACUUUGUCUAAUUCAGAGAUUGUGUCUCUUAGACAUUGCACUACACUGUUUCACAGUUACAUUGUGUGUCAUAGGGUGACAGAGCUGUUAACCAGGAAUGGAUUUCUCGUGGUCUGUUCUAAUGCAUUGUUUCUCCAUUGGAUACGAAGAGAAUCAGACCAACUUGAAAUUUCUGGGCCGUUACAGUGUGAUCAAAAGCAUUGGACUGAUUUUAGCAUUGCAGCAGUGCAGAUGGUCUCACCUACCCUUACCAAAAUUAUUAUGGACUCCAACAGAACAACAUAUUAGACUGCAAGUUCUCUACUCACAAAUGUAAAUGGUCUUGGAAUAAAAGAGAAAUCUUCUCAGAA